GUGUGAGUGGGGGGUUCGGGCCGAUAAGGGGUUGGCCCGAAACCGAACCAGUGCUGUGUGCCUUCGCAAAUGCACCUAACCGAUUCCGCUUUAUCAAGCGCUAGGUGAAGGCAGCACUGCGUCGUGCAUUCGGAGGGGGUGGCUCUCACACUGUCAAGCACAUCGGCAACCAUGGCACAGCUACCCGUGUACAAUCCGCCAUCGCCCUUCCUUGGAAUGCUUCCGGCCGGAUUGGGGCUGUACCGAAAGAUCACAAUCCGCGGCCGAAUGACUCACGACAUGUUCAACAUAAACCUGCAGACCGGACCCAACGUAGAUCCGAGAGAUGAUGCGGCGUUACACAUCAGCAUUCGGCCGCGGGAAGGACUGAUCGUGCGCAACACCUAUCAAUUCCACAGCUGGGGCGUUGAGGAACGGUUCGGCGGAUGUCCGGUGCAGAAGCGGUCGUACUUCGACGUCAGCAUUACGGUGAAACCGGACAGCUACGGGAUUGCGGUGAACGGGUGCCAUUUCUGUGACUUUAACCAUCGGCUUCCGUACGCCUCGGUACGCUUCAUACACACCGGUGUCGGGGCACAGAUCGAUGCCAUCAUAACAGAGUGAACACGGAGGGCGGGGAACUGUGUAUUUGAUUUAAAACCAAAAAGAAAGUAUAAUAAUUUAAAUUGUUACCCAUUAA